CAGUUUCUGGAACACACAGCAAGACGCACGUUCUCGAAAAGAAUUCGCGAAUCAAUAAAACCUAAAACACAGCUUCAGUAUGUUCAAGGUACUGUGUUUACUCGCUGUCGUUGCGGUGGUCUCCGCCGGAAUUAGCCAACCGAGGCCAUCGGCCGUCCAUCAGCCGAGAAUUGUGAAGCGGGAGGCCGAAACCGGGCCAGCAGAGCCGAAGGAAGCAGUGGAAGCGGUCGAGGGCCAGGACGAUAUGGAUAAGGCGGAGACGUUCGGGUUCGGAUACCACAAGGUGAUCCAUGUUUACCCUGGCUAUCAUCACGGAUUCUAUCCCAGCUAUGGCUACGGAUAUGGUUACCCAGGCUAUCAUCACAAUUACUAUCACGGAUAUUACUACUAGAAGUCAGAUCGUA